AUGCAACCCUCCCACCUGAGACCCACGAUGAUGGCGACGGAGGUGCAGGAGCAGAAAAUCUCGUUGGAGGAUGAGAGAUCGUUGCAGUUCCCAUGGAUCUUCAAAGGAAGGGUUUGGUUUCAGCCGAGGAUAGUUAGGAGCAAGCAGGAGAGCCUGCCGUCAGGAGCCGCUCCUCUCUCGCUCUUCGGGUGGAGCCUAGGGGGGGUUGUGUGCCUGGAGUACGACGAGUCUCCCUUCGGAGCAUACCUUGAGUUCGUGGAGAUGGGAUCGCUGGUGCUGCAGCAAGGCUUCGUCGGGCACUGGGGCAAGAGGCUGUGCGUGAGCACCAAGGGGGCGGAGGAGAGGUGUAAGGAGAUCUGGGGGGUACCGGCAGAGAGCAUCAACAUCGACUUUGAUGCGGCUCCUGCCACGAGCAUGAGCGUGGAGCAGGGAGAGGAAGGUGUCAGGGUGCUGGGAUGGGGCAAGAUGGGCAGGGACAAGGCGGAUGACUACUGGGGCAGUAUCCCCCUGCUAUGGACGCCGCAAGUCAAGACGCUGUGGUUUCCCGUGCAGUUGGGAGCAGGGAGCGGGAGGGAGGAGGAAGGACUGAGGCUUCACAGGCUGAGGGUGUCGGGGAAGGAUGUGCGGAUCACUCUAGAUCGACCCCGUGUGCUGCCGUCAGGAGAGUUUGUCCCCGGGAUCGGGCUGGGGGUGAAGAACGUGAAGAUUGAGAUCUCAGAGAGGUUGGGAGCGAGCAUGUGA